UUUUUUUUUACGUCUUUCGCUGUUUUCCUCCGAUCAGAAUCUCGAAACCGAAGGGUCCAACUGAACUAUCGAACCUCGCCGACCACGAACGAACUCGUUGUCGUAACUGUCUCUCUCUCUCUCUGUUCCUCAUCGAACCUUUAUUGGGAGGAGAGAGAAAAGAACAGAAACAGGACAGCGAGGAUAGAUCCGAGGAAGAUUGUCGGAAACUAGAAGGAGGAAAAGAUGGGAGAUAUCUGGUCAUGGCUUAUUUCCUUCUUCUUCCUCAUAGCUCUUGUCGGAAUCAUCGUCUAUCAGCUUGUUUGUUUAGCGGAUCUCGAGUUUGACUACAUCAAUCCUUACGACUCUGCUUCGAGAAUAAAUUCUGUGGUUUUACCGGAGUUCAUUGUUCAAGGAGUUCUAUGCGUUUUCUACCUCUUAACAGGACACUGGUUCAUGGCACUCUUAUGUUUACCUUAUCUCUACUACAACUUUCAACUUUACUCGAAGCGACAACAUUUAGUAGAUGUCACUGAGAUCUUCAACUUGCUUAACUGGGAAAAGAAGAAACGGCUGUUCAAGCUUGCUUACAUAAUCCUUAACCUCUUUCUCACUAUAUUCUGGAUGAUUUAUUCGGCGCUGGAUGAUUACGAGGACUAAUUGAUGAAAACAUGGUCAAUCUUCUUCAGUUAUUGAUCUGAUUUGACACUGCGUUCCAAGAUACAGCGCGGUGCUUGUGGUUGUGGCAAUGAAAAAAAAAAUAGAAAGGAAGAGUGUUUGUUUUGUUAAAUGAAUCCAUGUUUGUAAGAUUAGUGGCAGAAAGAUUUGUGUAUUUAUUUCUUUUGUUAGUAACAACUUUAGAUAUUGAGUUAACUGUUUUGAAUUCUCA